AUGGCGGAAGAGCCGACAGAACAUAUCGCAGAUGACCUGCUCGAAAGAGCGCACCCCGAAGACACGGCCAACACGAUCUUCCGCGAAAAAGUCAAGCUACGACCACUCCUCUUGCGACCUACCUCUCCGGAUCCGAAAUUGAACGCCCGCUCCAAGCGCCAGUACGAGCGACUGCAAAAGGAGAAAGCAAACCGAAAGUCCAAGAAACCGAAACCGCUUUCGGCAAAGCAGAAGAGAGCGCUGUGCGUACACGAAAUCCCCAAGGAGCAGAGGAAAUACGCAAUCUACGAGCCUCUCCACAGACUCUGGUGCGGAUACAUGCGUGAGAUCCUAGGCUUGAAUGACGAAAAGACAUAUGUGGAUGCCAACAGCGCCGGACAAUUCCUUGCCUCCGCAGACUACCAUGGGGCCAAAAUGGAAGUGGUGAGGAGUCGGUGUGGGAGUCGAGUUGGGUUGAAAGGGAUUGUGGUUAAGGAUACGAAAUUUACGUUUGAGAUUGUUACGGUCAAGGAUGAGUUGAAGAUUGUGCCGAAGGAGCAUACAAUAUUUCGGUUUGAGGUGCCCUUCGAGAACGAUGGUGGUGGUGAUGGUAGUGGUGUUGAGAGGAGGCCGUUGGUGUUCGAGAUUUUGGGGAGCCAAUUUGAGCUGAGGCCGGCUGAUCGGGCGAAUAAGAAGUUCAAGAUGCAUAUUGACCCAGAAAUAUGA